AUGUGUUUACAUUUCUUCGUGCCAGAGUUCUUCUUCCAAAAAGCAGGCGGGUCAACCGCCCGCUUCGCCCACGCCACCGCAUUUACUCAAGAAAAUCGUACAGAGGCUGGCAAAUGCACCAAUGAAGGGUUGAUGGCCCUUCCGCGUGAAGGGGGACAAAGGCGUGAAGAGCAUUCUUCCUCCGGUUCUUCUUCCUCCGCGUUUCGAACUGUGCAACACACCCUGCAACAACAGUUGCUGGAGGAUCCGAGUACGGACAACAGCGGAAACGACGGCUCUGCCGGGGAGACGCCGUGCAAGGGGAGUGGGGAACAUCCGAAUGGCUCCGGCUCCUGUGAUCCGUGCAUUUUCUAUUGCUCGUCAUUGGGCUGCAAGGACGGCGAUGCCUGCAAAUACUGCCACCAUCCUUGGGAAGAGCGUCAGGCGGUACAGCGACCUCGGAAGCCAUUGAGGGAGAAGCUGAAGGCCAGAAUAGAGCAGCUUUUGCAGAACCGUCGGCCAGAUGAGGUACAAGAAGAACUACAAGCGGAGGCUCGUAAAAGUCCCUAUGCCAGGAAACUGCUGCAGGGCUACGUUCUCGGCUUAACCCAUCCUGUGCCAAGGUCCAAGGAGAGCAAGUGUAGCAGCACAAAGGGCUCUCACAUGCCAACAAGUGUAGAGCUCUAGUAGGAUACUAGAGCUAGCUUUUGUGUGGAUUUUUUGACGUUUUGUCAAGCUUCUCGAGGAUGUGGCUGAUUCACAGACCGUAGAGUCAGCGCGUGUGGCAAGAUCCACCACACCAGUGAGACCGGACCGGUUAGCGGGGCUUUGCCUUCGCUGUGCGGCUUCCGGCCCAAGCGUGUCCGUCACACAUGAUCGUGCGCGCUUGGUUUAAGUGGACUAUUUGGGGCCCAAGCCCCGAUAUCCCCGAUCCAGUGCGACCUACCCUUGGCCAAAUACGCUCAUCACUCAUCACGUGUCCAAGCGCUGUUGUUUUCCUUCAUUGGCCAUUGGACUUGAAACGUGCUUGAGCGUGCCCCGUCCGAAUUGGGUGCAUAAUUUUUACCCGCUCAGCGAUGGAACUAAUUUCAGCUCGCAUUUUAGCGUGCAACCACAUCUCCGGCUAGGACAAGACAGAAGCUUGCUUCUAGAUGCGACAGGAGCAUUUGCAGUGUAGCAUCCGAAACCUGCAUGGUCAGGGCUGCAGCAUUUGUUGAAGAAAGGUCCGACCAAGGACUAGCUUAAGCUCUUACAAAGCCUUAUUGUGCCAGGCUGGCACGAACAUACAAUCCCCCAUUCCAGAAUGCAUAGAGGGG